UAGGUGGCGGUAUAAGCUCUAAAGUUGUUUGCUAUUCGUCAGUUUUCCGAGAGAAGAAGAACAGAAGAAGAAAAUAGGCAAGCCAGCCAGCAACAACCGGCAGCAACCACAGCCGCCUGAGAGAUCCAUAGUUCUCCAAGGAUUAUCAUAAUAAAUUAUCAAAACGUCUUACGCAAUGAGAGGAGACCGCGGCAGGGGCCGGGGAGGCCGCUUCGGAACCCGUGGAGGACUAGUCCAGGGGUACCGUCCGUUUGUCCCACACAUCCCAUUUGAUUUUUACGUGUGUGAGAUGGCCUUUCCCAGAGUAAAGCCUGCACCUGACGAGACCGCUUUUAGUGAGUGUCUGCUGAAAAGAAACCAGGACCUGAGCCCUACUCCUGCAGAGCAGUCUUCCAUCUUGUCCCUGGUCACAAAGAUCAACAAUGUCAUCGACAACCUGAUCGUUGCACCAGGCAACUUUGAAGUGCAAAUUGAAGAGGUGCGUCAGGUGGGCUCUUACAAGAAGGGAACCAUGACGACAGGACACAAUGUGGCUGACCUGGUCGUAAUCCUCAAGAUCCUCCCUACAUUGGAGGCUGUUGCUGCUCUCGGGAACAAAGUUGUGGAGACCCUUCGCACACAGGACCCUACUGAAGUGCUGUCCAUGCUGACCAAUGAGACAGGCUUCGAGAUCAGUUCAGCUGAUGCUACAGUCAAGAUCCUCAUCACCACUGUCCCUCCCAACCUGCGCAAGCUGGAUCCUGAGCUGCACUUGGACAUCAAGGUGCUGCAGAGUGCCCUUGCUGCCAUCCGCCACGCACGCUGGUUUGAGGAGAAUGCCUCUCAGUCAACGGUCAAGGUGCUGAUUCGCCUGCUGAAGGACCUGAGGCUGCGUUUCCCUGGUUUUGAACCCCUAACUCCUUGGAUCCUGGACCUGCUGGGCCACUCUGCGGUGAUGAACAACCCGUCCAGGCAGCCCCUGUCCCUGAAUGUAGCCUAUAGGCGCUGCCUGCAAAUGCUGGCUGCUGGUCUCUUUCUUCCUGGCUCUGUUGGCAUCACUGACCCCUGUGAGAGUGGAAACUUCAGAGUGCACACAGUCAUGACUCUGGAACAGCAGGACAUGGUGUGUUUCACAGCACAGACACUGGUGAGGGUGCUCUCUCAUGGAGGUUACAGGAAGGUCCUUGGCCUCGAGGGAGAUGCCAGCUACCUGGCAACAGAGAUGUCUACAUGGGACGGUGUGAUUGUCACUCCGUCAGAGAAGGCCUACGAGAAACCUCCAGAGAGGAAAGAGGAGGAAGACGAAGCUUUGGAGGAGGGAGGCGAUGGAGAGGAUGAGAGCAUGGAGACCCAGGAGUAAAGUGAAGAUGCAAGAUCCUUUCAUCUGGGUCAUGGUGUGUACUUUUGAUGUAACAGAAACACCAGCAGGAAAAAUGUUCCACCUGAAAGCUACCAGUCCUCAUUUGUCAGUUUUUAUUGUUUUUACUUUCCCCGUUUGGUUUUGUUGUAACAUCCUGAAUUAAAAACUUUUAUUUAG